AUGCGAAUCGAGAAGUUCAGAAUCGCCUUGGAGGAAUAUGCCCGAGUCUUGUGGCCCAACAGCCGUUUCGUCGACGAAUGUUUGGAAGAAAGUGGAAUGCGUCUGGCAGAUCUGGAUGGAAUAGCCGUAAGUACGAGGCCUGGGCUUGUGAUUGCCCUGCGAGUUGGAAUCGCUAAAGCACUUUCGUUGGCUAGGCAGGCUCGAACUCGUUUCGUGAACGUUCACCAUAUGCAAGCACAUGCCACCAUCGCAUCGCUGCUACAUCCUGAACUGCGCUUUCCGUAUGUAUGUGUCCUUAUUUCGGGUGGUCACGCUCUGAUCACGAUCGCAUACGGACCCGAAAACUUCGAGCUGUUAGCGUCGAGCGUCUCAGGAAGCCCUGGCGAGUGUCUAGACAAAAUAGCCAGAUCGUUGCCAUCUGAAGCGUUUACUGAAUUCAUUGGUCUGCAUCCGGGCGCGGCACUUGAGCAACUGGCCAAAAACUGUUCACUGGACGGACAUCUACAUUAUCGAGUCAACAUGCCAGGCACAAAUGGUCCCAAUAUGGACUUCAGCUCUGUCAAAAAUUCAUAUCUGACAUUGUUAAGAAAACUGAAGUCCGCAUCGUUGAAUGUGGAAAAUUUUUGUGCAAGUGUCCAGCAUUCAGUCGCAGCUCAUUUAGCGAACAAACUACAUCAUUGUCUUGAAUAUAUCAACAAUUCGGAGAAGAUCCCAACGGAGAAUCGUCGUAUUGUCGUAUCCGGAGGUGUUGCCUCGAAUGCGUAUAUUCUGAGUGCCCUCGAAAAAAUUGCACAUAUAUAUGGCUAUUCGCUGUUAACAAUUCCACCUCGAUUGUGCUGUGACAACGCAGAAAUGGUCGCCUGGAAUGGAAUACUAUUGAUCAAUUCGGAGUGA